GGCUUCUUCUUCGCUUCCUGGUUGAAGAUGGCGGAUGAGAAUGAGACAGCACCGAAGCCGGAGAAAGAAGAUGUAGAAGACCACGGACACUGUAGCGAUUGUGAAAACGAAGAGCAUCACUUUGACGAUGGUGACCGAGGUCUGGGCGACGACACCGGUGCCAAGAAGAAGAAAAAGAAACAGAAAAAGAAGAAGAAGUCUGGCACCCCAGAAGCAGCUCAGGACCCACUUGCCAAGGUGAAUUCAUUGCCAGCCGAUAAGCUACAGGAGAUCCAAAAGGCUAUUGAACUGUUUUCUGUCGGCCAAGGUCCAGCCAAAACCAUGGAGGAGGCGAGUCGGAGGAGCUACCAGUUCUGGGACACGCAACCAGUGCCCAAGCUUGGGGAGACGGUGACAUCACAUGGGUCCAUUGAACCUGACAAGGACCAGAUUCGUGAGGAGCCGUACAGCCUCCCACAGGGCUUCAGCUGGGACACCCUGGACCUGGGAAACGCUGCUGUGCUGAAGGAGCUUUACACUCUCCUCAACGAGAACUAUGUGGAAGAUGAUGACAACAUGUUCAGAUUUGACUAUUCUCCCGAGUUCCUGCUCUGGGCGCUGCGGCCUCCCGGCUGGCUGCCUCAGUGGCAUUGUGGCGUGAGGGUGAACUCCAACCAGAAGCUGGUCGGGUUCAUCAGCGCCAUUCCAGCCACCAUCCGCAUCUAUGACAUAGAAAAGAAAAUGGUUGAGAUCAAUUUCCUGUGUGUACACAAGAAGCUCCGCUCCAAACGGGUGGCCCCGGUUCUGAUCAGAGAGAUCACCAGACGGGUCAACCUUCAGGGCAUCUUCCAGGCGGUGUACACCGCCGGGGUGGUGCUGCCCAAACCCGUGGGCACAUGCAGGUACUGGCAUCGCUCUUUGAACCCACGAAAAUUAAUCGAAGUGAAGUUCUCCCACCUGAGCAGGAACAUGACUAUGCAGCGCACGAUGAAGUUGUACCGCCUGCCCGAGGCUCCGAAGACUCAAGGUCUGCGGCCGAUGACGAAGAAGGACAUCCCGUUGGUGCAUCGCCUCCUGCGGGAAUACUUGAGCCAGUUCAACCUUGUGCCCUCCAUGAACCAGGAGGAGGUGGCACACUGGUUGUUACCUCGGGAGAACAUUAUCGACACCUUCCUGGUUGAGAGCGAAGGCAAAGUGACCGAUUUCCUGAGUUUCUACACACUGCCCUCUACUAUAAUGAAUCAUCCUGUGCACCGUAGUUUAAAGGCAGCCUACUCCUUCUACAACGUGCACACCACCACCACCCUGCUUGACCUCAUGUCUGAUGCUCUCAUCUUAGCCAAAUCGAAAGGCUUUGAUGUCUUUAAUGCACUGGAUUUAAUGGAAAACAAGAAUUUCUUGGAGAAGCUGAAGUUUGGCAUCGGUGACGGGAAUCUACAGUAUUAUCUGUACAAUUGGAAGUGUCCCAGCAUGGGGGCUGAAAAGGUCGGGUUGGUUCUGCAGUGACAUCUCUUUACGCCAUCACCCAGACUCACCAACAGGCCAGAGGACCGCACCGUGGACUGAUGACUUCCUGCUUUAGGAAAGGAAACCCACCGCCCAUUUUUACUUUCUGACCUUUUUUGAACUUUGACCUGCACUACCGCUGCCAGGCGGGGGUGGGGCCCGGAGAGCCCUCGGCUCUCCCCCCUCCUCCCGCAAUCACAUGGACCUUAAGCCAUUGUAGUUACCAUCCCAAGCAUCUGUAGUUCAUCUGAAAGCUGUCUUGAUUGUACCAAACACGCAAGAACAGUUUGCACAGAUUACUGGCAACCAAAACACUCACUGUUGGCAUAUCUACGAAAACCAACGAUACAUGUAAAUAAAGUCAGACGUAACUCCAGAUCAUGCCCUAAACACACGCAGGCUAGAACAUACUGUUUUAUUUUAUUCCUAAAUGUUGGAAGUGUUUUUUGCAAUUAAAACAAGUCUGUCAUUCUUAAAUUUUAGACAUUUAAAAAAAAAAAAAAAAUCUAAAUGAGGAAAAAAAUAUUUUAAGGACCGAGUGGCUAAAAGAUGAGGUAAUAAAUGCCAAAAGUGGACAUGAGAAAAGGACUUAUGAAGAGUUUUCUUGUCAUGCUUCACCCUGCGUCUCUUAUUUUGCUCAUCAAUCGGUACUAACAGUCAUGGAGGUGCUUCAGUCUGAAACCAGUCUCCAUUCGUUCUCUGGAGCUCCCCUCAACUUAACUUUCGUCGGAUUGCCUCACUAAGAAAAGAAACCUUGAGUAUUGGAUUGGCUUGACGGGAGACAUAAAUCAGUCACUGAUCAGAGAGGAAGUUCACUGCAGUCCUACGUCUGGUCAUCGGCGAUGACAUUUGUAAUGACGCCCUCAAUUAAAAUGUGCCCCAGUUGCAACGUCCACCUUUGUGAUAGCGCUGACUUUGACGAGCGUUCCUGCAAGGAUUCAGACGGAAACCUGAAACCUCAGUGCACUUUUGAAGCCUGUGUGAUCUCAUGAUGCAGACUAAACAUAAGGGGAUGUCUCAGAAUGACAUUAAAUUGUAUUUAUUUAAUAAAAUAAACACGCCAGACUACAAAAAAAAAACAGUUUUCACACACAUCCAGCUUUGCACUGAGUAAAAAUAUCACAUCUAAGAAUGUUUUGUAAGUCAGUACAGACUUGCAAGAAAUCCGUUUUAUCCUGAAAUAUUUCCCUUCAGUCUGCAUGAUGACAUCAAGUUGAUCAGAGAGAGAAAGAUUGCAAUUGUGGAUGUUGAAACGUGGGUCUGGAUUUGCAAAAUCUGCAGGGUGUAUAAUGAGUGAAGAAAUCCUCCUAUUAAAGUGUUUCUUAAGUAAAA